AUGUCCUCUCCAAAGACGCCACCAAAGCCUCAAACGCCCGAGGAGCUUGAGGAUCCGGUGGUCCGGCCUGAAGAUGGCACAAUCGAACCAGACACUGAUUCUGACUCUUCGUACACAAAGUCAAUCGGAGUCACCGAUACCGAAUCACUCAAGUCCUCCAUUAUGGAAUACAAAUGGGUUCAUGGUAGACGCUUCCAUGCAUAUGGUGACGGUACUUACUGUCAUGAAUUAUUCCGCAUUGUACUUGGCGGUAAACUAUACCAGUCGCCUAUUGGCGAGAACCCACAAAACAUUUUAGACAUUGGCUGUGGCACGGGCAUCUGGGCCAUUGAUAUGGCAGACCUUCACCCCUCUGCCGAAGUCGUCGGUGUCGAUUUAUCACCUAUCCAGCCUAACUUUGUCCCUCUUAACUGUAGGUUCGAAGUCGACGAUAUCAACAAAGAAUGGACAUACCCAGAGAAUAAAUUCGACUUUAUCCACAUCCGAUAUAUGACGGGCACAGUUCCAAACUGGAAAGACCUACUUCAGAAGGCCCAAAGAUACCUUAAGCCCGGUGGCUGGAUCGAGCACGUCGAACUCUGGGGUAACGCAAUGUGUGACGACGGAACCAUGGCUGAAGACUCUCCACUCAAAACAUGGGUUCGGAUCUUUGACCAAAUCGGAGAAAAGAUUGGUAACCCGUUCUUCUGGGACCCGGCCGAGGCAUUCCAGGAGGCUGGUUUGCAAAACAUAGGCGAGCGAAAGGUCAAGGUGCCCAUUGGUACUUGGCCCAAGAACAAGGAUCUCAAGCAGUGGGGCGCCUGGAACCGACAGUUUUUGAUGCAAGGACUGGAAGGGUUUUCUAUUCGCGGCUUGACGGAGCUUCUGGAGUGGGAAUAUGAAAAGGCGCAAGUCUUUCUUGUCGAUAUGCGUAAGGAGUUGUUGAACCCCAGCCUCCAUUCAUACGUCUUAGUAACUGCUGUUUGGGGUCAAAAGCCUUUAGAAUAG